AUGUCUCGCGGAAGUGUAUCUGAGAUACUCUGGGCCGAAAAUGUACCGUCCGACUUCGAAAGAACAUCGAGGUCCAAGUCAUCAGCAAGACUAUUCAACAACUCUCCGAGCCACAAACGCAUUUAUCGACAGUCAACACUCAAGAAUAGUCAAGAUCAGGGCAGUUCAACUUCUGGGAAAGCGGCCGCGGAGUAUGUUUCAAGCCCUCUGGAGCCGUUAUCGUCGAAUAUAUCCUUCCAAAAGAGAGUCUCUCGAUCAACCGACGAGGAUUCAAACAUGACCUCUUUCCCAGAACUGCGACCACGACAUUGCACAAAUGAUUGGAUCAACCCACCCGCCGAAAUUGAGCAGCUCACUAGCGCGCCUACCACCGAUCUCUACCAUCGAGGGGUUGAUGCUCACAGCGGUCGACCUCCAGCAUCUCCAGAAACCGUAUGGGAAGCCCCUCAACCUAUAGCCGUGCCUUGUGAUCACAGCAUCUUCGACAAAGAUCCCUUCAUGGGUGCUAAUCCCUACACGUAUGAUCGUCGAGAAACCCGAGCAUCUGGUUCCACGGAUAAAUUGCGUUUGGGAAGUUCCAUUGGUUCUGCCUCCCAUCGACGACGCAGUUCCCACGUCCCAAUGACAUACGAUACGCCAUGGGACAGUCCAGACGGCAUCGUACCUCAAAUAUUAGACAAGUUACGUCGGAAUACUCAGCAUGAUUUCGGUCAGUCGUCACUUCUGCGGCCAGAGUACAACGUUUGGACUGCAGAAGCAAGGAAAUCAGCACCCAAUGAAGCCGUGCCAGUCACGAAGAUCCGAUCGCGGGACAGCAUAGUGAAAGAGCGCACCUUGAAGCCACCCAAGGCAGAUAGCUCGGGGAUAUAUGAAGCACUAACUGGGAGCAGAAUGAUAGUGGGGAGAGGACGACAUGAUACAUGCUCAGAGGAUAAUCGGCCGCAUAUAUGUGAAAACGAUAUGGACCACUCCAAGCAUAGGCAUUAA